CAGAUAGUAAAUAAGCUGGGAAAAGCCAGGAGGAGGCCGUCUCCAUCUUGUCGGCGCCCGCCGCUCCCGCGACGUCGUGAAGAUGGGGAGCGUCCUGGGGCUCUGCUCCGUGGCAAGCUGGAUACCAUGUCUCUGUGGUAGUGCCCCCUGUUUGCUGUGCCGAUGCUGUCCUAGUGGAAACAACUCCACUGUGACUAGAUUGAUCUAUGCACUUUUCUUGCUUGUUGGUGUGUGUGUGGCCUGUGUAAUGUUGAUACCAGGAAUGGAAGAACAACUGAAUAAGAUUCCUGGCUUUUGUGAAAAUGAGAAAGGUGUAGUUCCUUGCAGUAUUCUGGUUGGAUAUAAAGCUGUGUAUCGUUUGUGCUUUGGCUUGGCUAUGUUUUAUCUUCUCCUCUCUUUGCUAAUGAUCAAAGUGAAGAGUAGCAGUGAUCCUAGAGCUGCAAUACACAAUGGAUUCUGGUUUUUUAAAUUUGCUGUGGCUGUUGCAAUUAUCAUUGGAGCAUUCUUCAUUCCAGAAGGAACUUUUACAACUGUGUGGUUUUAUGUAGGCAUGGCAGGUGCCUUUUGUUUCAUCCUCAUUCAGCUAGUCCUACUUAUUGAUUUUGCCCAUUCAUGGAAUGAAUCAUGGGUGGAAAAAAUGGAAGAAGGGAACUCAAGAUGUUGGUAUGCAGGUAAGCCUACAUCUCAGAAUAUCUUCAAUAUGUAUGCACCAUCCCAGCCAUUAGUUGAGGUGCAGUCUUGUGAAUUUUUAUCCCCAGAUGGCUUGGAGACCCAGUUCCCCAUCUUUGCCUCCCAAUUUACAGAAACAAAUUGUAACCCAAGUCUACUAAGCAUAAUUGGUUUCAAUACCACAAGCUCUGCCCCAAAGGAAGGUCAGUCGGUCCAGUGGUGGCAUGCUCAAGGGAUUAUAGGACUAAUCCUCUUUUUGUUGUGUGUGUUUUAUUCAAGCAUCCGUACCUCAAACAAUAGUCAGGUUAACAAACUGACUCUAACAAGUGAUGAAUCAACAUUAAUUGAAGAUGGAGCCAGAAGUGAUGGAUCAUUAGAGGAUGGCGAUGAUGUUCACAGAGCUAUAGAUAAUGAAAGGGAUGGUGUCACAUACAGUUACUCCUUCUUUCACUUCAUGCUUUUCCUGGCUUCACUUUAUAUCAUGAUGACCCUUACCAACUGGUACAGGUAUGAGCCUUCCCGUGCGAUGAAAAGUCAGUGGACGGCUGUCUGGGUGAAAAUCUCUUCUAGCUGGAUUGGCAUCGUGCUCUAUGUGUGGACCCUGGUGGCACCACUUGUUCUUACAAAUCGUGAUUUUGACUGAAUGGGACUCAUUGGCAUGCAAGUCCCACUUUGGUCAUUUCAUUGUUUAUUUGAAAUUAACAGUAUUCCCAACUUUUGUACAGUUACGUAUGUAUAUGUGCUCACUGUGUAACUUCUGUGUUCUGGCAUGAAUUAUAGAUUUUACUGCUUGCCAUUCAUUACUUGCUAAGUGCUCUGAUCAUGUGAAUUGGAAUGUGCAAAGUUUUGAGUAUGGUGGUGAAUUAGAAAAAGGACAGUGGUAGUCUUAUCCUCUGAUCUGUACAUGCAAGUCAAACUGAGUUUGAUUUUAAAAUUGUUAGACCAUAAACUGUUUUUAGGAAGCAUACAAGUAAAUGGAUAGCUACCUUUUGAAAUACAUAAUGUUUUGCCUUAUGGAAGACCACAAAGAACGUGGCUAUUCUAAACUGUGUAAAUAACUUAUUUAAAUAUUUGUUGUCUGAAAAAUACAAGUCUCUCUUGUCAGGAUUUUCCCUUUAUAUGAAGGUAGGGAACUUAUACAGGCAAGGAAUGUUUAAUUAAAAACAAUGUAGGUUGUGGAUGUAGGUAAAGGCACAGAGCCUUUAUUAUUGGUGGUAUGUAUUGUAUUGAAUAUGCACUGAGAUGGUAAUCUCUGUGUUGACAUGAUGGUCAUCACCAACAAAUGAACUUUGUUUUGGUCUUUAUAAAUCCAUGCCAAGUUGUUGUUUUAAUGGAGCUAUUAGUAUUUGGACAGUUUUGAAAAGAAUAAUCAUAGGUUAGAAGAAACUUGUUGAAGCUUUGAAAGCUAGUUUUGAAAAUCAAAGGUGACAAACUUCUGAUUAGUCAGGAAAAUACUAGGCUUCAGUAUAUUAAAAAUAUAGUUCAAUGCUUUUUCAUUAGAAAAAUGAAGAACCUGAAGCAGACUUAAGUAGCUCAAGUAGCCAAGUAGUAGCAAAGCUGGGAAAUUCUAAGUCUACCAAAAAUAGUUACAUCCUCUUUGCCAUAAAAUGUACUUUCUAUUCAUAAUUGACUUUAUACCUCAUUAGUGGUGGAAAACUUAUAUGUGUUGAUGCUGUUCAGCAUGCUUUUGAUCCAUGCACUAAAGCCAAGAGGAUGAUGGGCUGAUGUAGAAUAAAGUUCUGCUUAUCAUAUACUAUGCACUUAAAAAAAUGGUUUAAGUUGCUUUUUCAUUUACUGCUCAUAUAUUGGAAAUAUAUAAUUAUAAUCUUUCAACCUGAAAAUCAAGCAGUGACACUUUAGAUAGGAACUCUUAGUUAUUUGUAUGUGUAAUUAGUGUCUAGUGAAGCUUUUUGAACUCUAUUGCCUCUUUAAUAAUAUUUAUUAAUGUUAAUGGAGUAACAAUUCAGUUAAUUCCCCAACCUUAUUCUGUAUGUUGUUACUGUGUUUCAUAAUAUUGAGUGGCUGUGUUCUAUUAUCUGAAUAAAUCAUUUCAGAGAAA